UCUUACCAAGUCCCUUCCGAGCGCGCAUACCCGCAGGCAUUUAAUUAUGCGUCCAUCAAACUCGAUUCGACUCCGGAAAUCAGCUAUCCGAGUACUGUGAUCCGAGAGAACUGUAGCGUGGCUGAUACUGUGACCCUGCAAGGCAAUCCACGGAGGCUUGCAGACCUGAUUUGAGAACUGAUUUUCGAUUUGUAGGUUAUCACAUAUGUCACCUGAAAUAUCCUGGAGUGACUGGAACUUCGAUCACGGUGAUGAUCCUUUUUGUGAAUGAUCUACUUCGCAUGCAUUUACAUCUACAUCUUCCCAUCUAUCUCUCAUUCAUACCUGUCUCUUGCGUCAUGCUUGAUCUGUGCCGGCCCUUCAUUCUGCAUAUUCACUGCCCUCAUCACAAUGUCGCUUUUGUUCCAUACUUAGCUUCCGACGAGGUUGUUACCAUGGACGCUCUCUGGCGUGGGGAGAGUAUCGUACAGGAAAGCCUUGCACAAUGGAAUAGCAGCGGCAAGUCAUUGAUUGCACAAAAUGGCUUUGAUUCAAAAAUCAAGUGGCGUCCUGAUGACGAGGAAUUGAAAACCAUGAAUCCAGUUUUUCAACCACGCUGGAAGGAGUUCUUCCAGGACCGCCCAGACAAAGCUGUUGCAAUAUUUGCUCCUCUUGUAGGAUAUGUUUCACCGCUCUCGAGUAUCCUCCCUCGCAACUAUAUGACCGCCGGUUAUUAUACACUUUACCCCGUGUCUGUCGGAAGCGUUCAUAUCAAUCUGACAGAGGACGACAAAGAAGGAAUGGACUUUACUACAGGCUUCCUAGACCAUCCAUCCGAUAUUAUUCCUCUUGAUUUCGGGUACAAAAAGACGCGCGAAAUAUUUCGACGCAUGGCUUCCUACCGAGGUGAAGUCACUGCUGGCCAUCCUAAUUUCCCAGAGGGAAGCGCUGCAGCCUGCCGAGAAGCUUCCGGGCCAGUGGACUUGAAUGCGCCUGACAUUGUCUACACUGCCGAAGAUGACGAGGCGAUCAAUCAUUUCCAUCGCGACAUUGUGCAAACGGCAUGGCACUCACUUGGGACUUGUGCCAUGAAAUCGGAGGCAGAUCAAGGAGUCGUCGACGCUCGGCUGAAUGUAUACGGCGUGUCGAACCUGAAGGUCGCAGAUAUGUCCAUUUCGCCAUUGAAUGUUGGCACGAACACGUAUUCAACGGCACUUCUCAUCGGAGAGCGGGCUGCGAUGAUCAUUGCUGAAGAUCUAUGUGCUGCACUACUCAGUGACCUUCGAAGAGGAGCUGUGAUUGGGUUAAGAAACAACGAGUGAUACCACAUGGAGAAGCUUCUGUACAGAGUGACUGGCUGGAUAUAGAAGACGUUGCCGAAAGGGAAGAAAGUAGACUUUUGAGUCUUUGGGCGAAAGCCCGCACGGCUUUCCGGCCUGAAACAAAGGUUCGAAC